AUGGCAUUUAAGUUCAUUAGUUUCUUGGCUCUUGUAGCUUCCACCCAAGCUGGAAUUCUGAGCCCUCACCAUUCUUACUCAGAUGCUCCUUCAGUUUCUUAUUCAAGUGUUUCAACUCCUGAAGUAUCAUAUGGUGGACCAAGUUAUUCUAAAGUUGCUGCUCCAGUUCACUAUGCCGCUGGACCAGCAAUCAAUGUAGCCACUCCAGUGACUUAUUCUUCUCCACUAGCGUACGCCGCUCCAGCUUUGAAAGUAGCUGCUCCAGUAUACAAAGUAGCUAAACAAGUUGUAGCUGAAGAUUACUCAUCUCGAGCCCACUAUGAUUUUAGUUAUGGUGUAAAUGAUCCCCAUACCGGAGAUGUGAAAAGCCAACACGAAACUCGCGAAGGUGACGUUGUUAAGGGAAGUUACUCCCUAAUUGAAGCUGAUGGUACUAAAAGAGUAGUGGAAUACAAUGUCGAUGCCCAUAGUGGUUUCAACGCUGUUGUACACCGUGAACCAGCCGCUCAUCCAGUUAAAGCCAUUGCUCCAGUUGCUGCCAAAAUAGUUUCUCCAGUAGCCUAUGCCCAACCUGUUGUAAAAGCCGUCGCACCAGUAGCUUAUGCUCAACCUGUCUUGAAAGCUGUUGCGCCUGUAGCUUACCCACAUUCUGUUGUUAAAGCUUCAUAUGCAUCUCCACUAGUAGCCAAGGUACUAGCAUUUAACAAAGUAUCUUACUCCAGUGCCCCUGAAGUAUCUUACUCCAGUUUUUCUGCUCCAGAAGUACAUGCUGCUCCUUCUUACUACCACCACUAA